AGGACGGAAAAAAAAACGCAUUUACAACCGUAGACGGUUUAGACGCUGAGGAAAAUCCGGCAAUAUUUACCGGAGGUCACCUAUUCGACCUCUGGGUGCGGACGUUCCACCGUUUGGAUCCCGUUAAACCGCAUCCGGAGCCGGACGCACCGAUCCUACAAAUGACCGGCGGCUGUCAUUAACCGACACAUAUCGGGGGAGGAACGCUCCGUUAUCCGUCCCGGUGGAGCCCGGACAGCGGGAUAACGGCGCCGGGGCCCUCCGAUAAGUCACCCCAAACAGACUCGCAGGAAUCAUGGGGAGUGUGUUCCUGCCGGCGGACGCAGCCCACUCGGUGCUGCGACGGCUGCGCAGGGCCAACUUCCUGCUGGAGGAGAUGAAGCAGGGCAACAUCCAGAGGGAGUGUCGGGAGGAGGUGUGCACCUAUGAGGAGGCCAGGGAGGCUUUCGAGAACGAGGAGAAGACGAGGCGGUUCUGGGAUGAGUACGUUCGGGAAAGCAGCCCGUCUGGAGGUCUGGAGACAGUGGUCGGAGGGAUCCACUCCCUCUACCUGAUCGUGCCGCUGCUGCUGGUUGUGCUCAUCAUCGCUGCCAUCGCCAUCACCAUGUGGCGAUGUCACUCCCGCAAGCGCUCACAGCGCAGCCCCAGCCUGGGACACUCGCACCACAACCACGUCCUGUCGGUGGUCUCCAUGGACCAGUGGGGGCGGGAUUACCACCAUGGUGACCAAUCAGAACUCAGCCUCCACAGCAGCCCAGCUUACCCAGGCUCAGAGCUGACGUCGGGGAGAGGAGGCGCCGGAGACCCGCCGCCGUCUUACGAAGAGGCCGUCGGCCACACGGACGUCCAGAUAGAGACGGAGCCUCCGCCACAGUACGACGAUAUCAUCAACACCAGCUCCACCAGCGGCCGAGGGAAGUAACCGUGUCUCUAACCACCACUCAACAGAAAUCCUAACCACACUAAGACCAUCACCAGCCUUCCCCAUCACACACACACAACACAAACACUAGUAACUGCCGGGUCCGUGGACUAAUGCAAUCAUUGCCUGAGCCAGCGCUGUUGAAAUUUGCACUAACCUUUUAUCACUGUGGCGAAGUGAUAGCAGGAAGGAGCAAGUGAUAUCGCAAUACCAAAACCAAUCAACACCUCUGCUGCAUCUUCUCAUCUAUGCUGUUCACUCUGUAGCGGAUCAUGUAAGUCAGCAAAGCCUAAUAAAUGUUGCAUGUGGUGCAAAGGAAAACCAGUUCUCAUGGCCAUAAUGAAGAACAACUAUUCUAAGUGUAUACUGGGGUCAAACCGACGCCUCACUGAAAGUUAGUGCCAAGUUUUUUAGACUUAUGAGAGCAACAUCGGAUGUUUUGUACCCGUUUUUUAAAUAUUUUGACCACUUUGUUGUCAAAACAUAGAAUUUAUGGUUUGCAUUUUAAAGUUUGUAUAUCUGAAAGCUUGCGAUAUUCAGAAAGAACAGGUGGACCACAACAAGAACUUCCAGACUAAGUAAAGCUGCAUUAAGACAUUUUUGACCAACCAAAUCAGAAUCAAUUUUAACAAGAAAAGCACUCAGAGAGCGCAGUACUCCAACAAGGCUGCUCAGUCGUACCAUUUCCGACGGCCGAAAUCAUGAAAACAUUGUGACAGAAAUCAUGGCAACAUAGAAUGUGGCCAUUUAACAUAGAUGCACCCACAAACAAAAUGGCCUUGCGCUGAGCACAGGUGUGUGCUAUGCAUGUGUACGUUAUGUACGGAUACUGAAUCGCAUGACCUAAAUGUGUAGCGGGCGGUGGGAAUUGAUGGUACUCAGAAACACCGCCACAAUUUAAUCAAUUGUUCCUUGUAUCAUUUACGAUGGAUAAGUCCGCAGUGGUAGAUUUGUAGUAGGAUUGCAAUAAUGUGAUUGUCAGCAGGCAGCUGAUGUAGUGUUCACUUGUUGUCAUAGUUACAGUGAUGCCUUGCCGCUAUCUCACAAUGAUAGAGAAAUCUUUAACAAAUCCGUGGAUCCAGACUAUAAGCCACAUCACUGCCAAAAUCUAAUCACUUGGUCCUUGUGUCAUUUCUGACCAUCCCUGAUCAUUUCAUCCAAAUCCGUUGGUCCGUUUUUGAGUAAUGUUGGUAACAGACAGACAGGCGGACGGAAGGACAAACAUACGCCGAUCGUCACAUAACUCCGCCACGUUCCUUGGUUGAAUAAAUAUCUAAUCACAUAUUCAGAAACAGAGCAACAUGAGUUUCAAAACAGUCUAAUUGAAUUUCAAUAUUUAUUCGUUAAUCUUUGGUUUAGUUGAUCCAUUAAUGGGGGAAAUUAGUCUUUCAUUUCCACCUGUUGACUUCAGGUAGCAUGUACCUGGUUUAUCUGAGUGUAUUUACUAAAAAUUGUCAAAAAACUGCCCACAUUUUGCAUGAGAGGUAAAGGAAGCAUCACGACUACAUAGUCAGGAUGGAACAGUCCACACAGCUGGGUGAUAAUUCACAAUUUAAUUCACUUUUUGGUAUCUUAAAUAUGCCUUAAUGCAGGUUUAAAUAGUUAAGUUGCCAAACUAAUGCAUCGGUCUAACGUCGGUAUACACUCAUGAAUGUUCUUGGGGACUAAGAUUUAAGAUAAGGCCGUGGUUAUAAAGGGGGCGCUGUUUUGUAAAUGCGUGUCGUAUGUGCUUAUAUCUCGGUAAUGCAUGCAGCUCGGCCCGAACACGAGGCGAGAUCCGUCUCUGCACUGUUUGUGGACAGUCGGGGGCCGACAGUUGCUCAGAACCUGCUUUAACUGUGAAACACCCUCCUUUCCUUUUCCCAUGAAGCCAGCGUGUCUUCUGGAGGCUUCUGCUGUGCCACUUUUCACGGGAAUGUGGGGCAGAGAGCAGCAGAAACGAGAGCUUUUGGGAAAAGAGAUACCGGGGGAAGAUUAUGUAUUUAACGUCACCAUGGAUGAAGUCCAUGUUUAGCAUGUAUAAUGCACCUCUAUAUAAAUAUGUAUUGUCUGUAUGUGUGAAAGUUAUGGUGAGAUUGUUUUUUUCUACUGCAUAGGAACACAGUGAGUACACUGGUACUAAUGUAAGUAUACUAUAGUAAGUGGUGAAUAAUGAAAGCACUUUGUGUUUAACCUUAAAAUAAGGUGUUUAAAGCCUUAAAGGGGACCUGCCAUGCUCAUUUACAUUUUGAGUUGUUUGCAUGAUUGACAAACAAAAAACAAAAAAAAUCAUAAUUUAUCACUCUUUACCGCUCACAUUUCCUGAAAUAAGAAAUAAAUGUUUUUAGCUUCUGUCUCUUUAAGGCCUCAAUCUCUCUUCUGAUUGGCUGGAUUCUGGAAACCUGCUCAGAGGCAGCAGCCUGUGCUUUUAAACUGGGUGUGAAGAAAACAAUGGAAACCGGUGUUUAGAGCAGUUUGAACCUGAGAUGUUGGCUCACAUGGGUUACUUUAAUGUCAUUAUUUGAAAUUUUGUCCACCUAUUGUUUUAUAAGGACUUAUUUGCAUGAUUCACAGUGCAAAAAAAAUCCUAAUUUAUCGUAAAUUUGCCCCUUGUGCAGCCGCUCAAAUUUUAAAAUAAAAUAUUUUUGGCUCCUGUCUCUUUAAGGCCUCUAUCUCUCUUCUGAUUGGCUGGAUUCUGGAAGCCUGCUCAGAGCUUUUAAACUGGAUGUGAAGAAAAGUUUUUUUUUCGUAUUCAGAGCAGUUUGAAGCGGAGAUUUUGCCUCACAGUUUUAUGUCAUCAUUUGAAAUUUAAGCCACCUUUAAUAUAGACAUCUGCCAAAUUUGAACAUAACAUCUUGAUAUAUAUGACAGAAAUGAAAUACAAGCAUAGCAGGUCCCCUUUAAUGACACAUAGGAUGGCCGGGUUAGACGUCUUCAGUGAUAACGACGUCACUGUAAUCAUCGGAGGAAAAAAAAGUGCUCAUGAACUAUAUGCAAUGUUGCCGCAUACACUCUAAAACCAAAUAUAUCUAAUUUCCACUGACGCUGACAAAUGUCACACAUUUCUGGUCUACACCACACAGACGUCGAGCACUGAUUAUUAUUAUUAUUAUAUUGUACUUUUUUGUGAGUUGACCUGUGAACCUCGGCACUUGCUAUGACAGAAGUGAGUUGUGCUGGUAGAGGUAGCCAUUUUUGAUUAGGUCAGUUGUCAUACUGUUACAUACAGAGCCCUGUUUUUACAAUGCCUUAUCAAACAAAAUGUUAUAUAUAACAUUAAAAUGCAAGGGAACUUGUUAUAAAUCCUUGACUUGUGCAAAAGCUUGAAUUAAUUUGUAAUAAAAACACUUAAAAUGUGAUAAA